AUGUACCUGAGUGGGCGCGUCGAGCGGGGCGUCGAGGCGGCGGAGGAGGGCGACGACAAGCGGGGCGUCGAGGCGGCGGAGGAGGGCGACGACGAGCGGGGCGUGAGCUCCACAAGCAGGGGCGUGGGCAGCGCCAGCGGCGGCGGGCACUUCCCGGUGGGCCGGCGCCGCCGCAUGGCGGUGGUCGACACCGGGUGCAGCUGCCGCGCGCGCCACCCCAGGAUGCUGCUCAGCCUGCCUUCCUUCCUCAAGCCUUCCUCUGCGGGAAAGACGCCGGCGGCGCCAGCGAGGAGCACCAGCUCGUCCAGCCUCUUCCCGUCGUCCUCCUCCACCGCUUCCUUCUCCACCAGCUACGCCUCCUCCAGCUGCUCCAACUACUACUCCUACCAUGGCUUCGGCAUCGCUCCCAAGGUGCAUCAGCAGCAAGAGCACCUUCCCUCUGCCAAGGAGGUACCGGCUGCGAUGCCGGCCGCGGAGCGCGGAGGCGAAGACGGAGAGGACACCGACGGCGGAUGCAUUGAAGAGGAGGAGGAGCGCGGCUGGUUGUAA